AGUCGCCUCUCGACAAACAUGGCUGCCAGCCUGCUUCCGUCAGCUGCUACAGCGUCUGCGAUGGCUCGCAGGCUGGCGGGAUUGCAAUUUUCGGGCGCUUUCAAGCGCUUCCACCCGCACCGCAAUGCGCACUUGUCACUGCUGCGAUCUUUCUGCGUGUCCGCGUACAGCAAGGGCGUCGGAAAGCACACGGGAACGCACGAAAUCAUCCUCACCAAGCAGCGCGCCCAGGACUUGAUCGUGAGGCUGAAGCCCGAAGAGAGGAAGAUUUUAAUGGAAGAGCUGACGGUACACGUCGAGAAAACCGAGAGUGAUGGGAAAGCAACGAUGCCCACGGGUGAACAGCUGCGGUUGAUGGCUAUCCACAAUGCCUUGCCAUUCGUGGGCUUUGGGUUUCUCGACAACUUCAUCAUGAUCGUGGCUGGUGACUACAUUGACACCACCAUCGGCAUUGGACUUGGCAUCUCAACAAUGGCAGCUGCUGGCCUUGGGAAUGCCAUAUCAGAUGCUGCUGGAAUCGGGUCUGCCUGGUACGUGGAGAAGCUGGCAGUCAGGAUUGGUCUCCAGGCUCCAAACUUGAGCCCUGCUCAACUAGAGAUGGCUGCCACUCGAUGGAGUGCCAACAUUGGAAGGGCUGUUGGUGUCUUCCUGGGCUGCAUUCUGGGCAUGUUCCCGCUGUUGUUCCUCUCUUCGAAAGAGGACGUGAAGCAGCGAUCGGAAGUGCACCAGUCGCAAGAUCACAAGUCUUCCGCCAGUUGAGCUUGCCUCGGCAGCCCACCGUCUCUCGCCCUUCUGCCGAAACCUCCUGCCAAAGAUUGUCGACUUCCCGAGCGCCGUCUGACCUGUCUGGCCCGCACGUCCAGCCUUCGUUUCACUACGGACACACAGACAGUUAUGCACCUCUCUGCCUUUCGACUUCUGGCGUCACGUAUCCCCGGCUGCUAGGCUAGCCGUAGCGGACGUCUACGAACUCGCUAUAUUUAAUAAUGUCUCGUGACCUUCGUGACAAGCCGUCUUGAUCGUGCACACAUUUUAUGCACCCAAUUCCGCGAUGGGGUUGUUACCCUGUCGACGGCCGGUCUUGUUUGUGAGCUGCUAUCAUGUCCCGUUGAUGUAACACUCUUGGGCGCGCUGUUUUUUAUGCGAGUAAUUCUGUCUGGUGGUGUUUAAUCUGACAGGCCUGCUGGUUGGUUGGCCAAGUGUGGUUCAUCCUGCUCCGGUAACUGCUUGUGUGGGAAUGUUGAGUUGUGAUACGGGCUGCGAGUUGUAACGCAGUGACCUUACGGUUGCAAGAACAAACCGAACUGCAAACUUUGAGCUUGGCUGUCGGUUUAGGAGUUGUUAAAUAGUGAAGCUUAACAUUUUUCCACCACUGCAUGUACUUAAAAACAUGAAUGCUUCUUCCAGGUUACUGAGCAUACUGAAUUUUUCUCGGGACUGUUCAUAUGCUCCGUGAGGGAUGUCUUGUGUCCUUAAAGGGCCAGUAAAUCGGCUCCGACCUUUCUUUUCUUUUUACAUCUCCCAAACAAGCUCGGCAAUUCAUUCAGAAAGCCACGGCGAACAUAUUUUGUAAAUAUCACAGCGCUGCGCAGACGCUUCCUUUCAAAAAACGAUAUUCGCACACCUCUCCAUCACCUGUCCAGUCGCCUUCACCCGCGAAGUGACGUAAAGUUGCACAUGGGCAACUCUGCGUAGCAACGACUUUGUAGAUUGGUCCUCUGCACUACGAAAUGGUGCCUUGGCACCUUGAUGCAGUAAUGCUGUUUUGGCCACACAGUUACUGUGCUUCCUUAUUGCGCUGCUAGGGUGACCCUAGCGCCACUUUGAUACGAGUGACACAUGGAGGAAGCCUUGCUAGGUUGUUGACUGUGCACCAAUCACAUAAUUGCUGACGUCGUGUUAUGUCACUGAAGCAGGCGUAGUCAUGACAACAGGCUACGCCUACCCCUCUUCGCGGCAAAGGGGGUGAAGGCCGAGCAAGAAACCAAAACCAGCCGAAGCGGGUUGUUCUUUACCCUGUAACUUCCUUAUUACAGCACUUAUUCGCAAAAUUCUUGCAGCAGCAUGUCAUGUCAUGCAGGUGCGCAAUUAUCUCUUCAUCACAAAUUUUGGACUGCAAAGUUGUUUACUGGCCCUUUAACUUUAAGCUGUGCACUGUUAGCUAUACUAAAAGCACAAACAAAACAAGUGACACAGACAUGGAAGUACUCAGUAGAGGUAACAGAAGUAGGUGCGUGUUCAUGAAGCAGCACGUGUUGGUGUUCGUGUAGUAUCAUAUUUUCUCAUAUUGCGAGGGCCGCUGGGAGUCAACAACCUAAGCUUACUGAUGUUGCAUUCAGCAUAUCAAGUGCUGAAAUGUAAUGGCGCAGAUUAUAACAUUGUGCAACAUCUUGAAUUAACGGUCAGUUUUAGAUCAUUCGUAGCACUUUGUUGAGCUUGUUCUCUUAACCAACAUGACAGUUAGACGUUAGCUGCUAGUUCCGAUGCACUUUUAACCACAAUAGCAAUCAUUCACGUUAACCAUUAGUAGUCAUAUUUUAGAUUUUUCUGUAGUUUGUAUGUAGAGGGCCACUGUUUUGUAAGCCUGUGUAUCCUUAACAAACUGCACUAGUCCUGUACAUACUUUGCAACCAGUGAGAUAUUGGUGCUUAAUUGGUGGCUGGCCCAACUGCAUCUUAGCAAGGGUGCGAAGCUAUCUUCAACCUUUCACUUCUAAUAAUAUUCACAGCUUUAUGGGUAGUGAAGGGGCAUAAAUAAAUGUGACACACUCCUGCCAACAUUUCCUAAACAUGGUGGUGUACAGCUGCUGUUUAUAUAUAGUGUUCCAUAACAGUGUGCUGUAACUUAUUCAUGACAUCGUACAGGACGGAAUGUAUGAAUGGGUGUGCCGGUCGCACGAAAACAAAAAGGUGAAAAUUGAUCAGACAAGAUGUGUGUCUCGUCUUGUCUGUUCUCAUUUGUUUGCAUUCGUCAUACAGACUUUUGGUCUGCUGAUGCAUUUCUUAUGAGGCUUCAACUUAAGCUGUUGUAUAGAAUCUAACGUUGCUUGUGGCUUGUCUGUUGGUUGUAUAUUCAUUUGCAUUGGAAGGGGGAUCGCUGUAAACAAAAGCUGUUUAAGAUAUCCAUUUAGAAAAAAAACUCACAUUGUAUAUAUAUGUGAAGAACGGACAAGCUUACUGCACCGGAAUGUAGACAGUUUUGUGAAACUUCACAUGGGAAUGAAGGAAUGAACCAAUUGUCUUUAGAGAACACAUCAGGACAACGGAUCACCGGUUGUUCCUUGCAUUUGCUAGAUCCUGAAAAGUUGUCACAAGCACAUGAAGUUUAGACUUGCACGGUUACAGGAAUCGGGCUGCUCCACGUUACGUCUUUGCCCGUGCCUACUCAUACAUCAAAACACUGCUGGUUAGGUUUUGCACACCCUGAUCAGGAUUUGGAGGUAACAAGUUCAUUGUAGCAAAAAUGUUGCACUGCAGUUGGAAAGAUUCAUUUGUUAGUGUAUCUUGAAAUUGCAUAAGCCUAAUGCUACUGGCCCAAAAUAUACACGUUUGCAUGUUCUGGGGCUGCAGUGCUAACAGAUCAGCCCUCGCAAUGCUCAAAAUCACAUUCAGAUGUACAAAAAAAAGUUUGGUACAUAAAAACUAACGGCACGCGAUGCACCGAACACACUUAAAUGCAAUGGUAGCUAGCCAGGUACUAUAACCUGGUGUACCUUUGCACAGUGCCACGACUUAUUCGCUGCAAGUCUAUGCCAGAAGCUGGAUUAUUUAUUUUGUGAUUUGUGGUGUCGGGUUUAUUAUGUGCGUUGAACAUCUACCUUACUGGGGCCACAACACUGAGAAGACUACCGAGUGUUAGCCACACAACAGCGCUGAGCUGACAUUUUACAUUUCUCUCAAGCCCAUAUUGCACAAAUACCUAUAAUAUUCAUCCCCAGGGGUGUUUUAUUAAUUUUGUGUAGCUAUUUAGCAAGUUCCAUCACAUUGCUGUAAUGUUUAGUGUAAUGUAUAGAUGUGUUCGUGUGUCAAUUGAAGCUCAUGUUAUUUGUCACUCUUUAGUCCCACAUUUUAUGGGAAUCUUUUAUUACGAUGCCAGCUCAGCUAUGUAACAAUCAACGCCAUCCUUUGGCUCAAUGGGAACACUUCAGAGCUUGAAGAGGCCUAGGUAGUGUAGCAUUGCACAGUUGCCAAGGUAGCUACUUUAGAUGAGGCUGGAGGAUAUGUUCGGCAAACAGUUUAGGAAACAUAGCUCUUGCUACUAUCCUUAGAUGCACAGUCAGAAAUUAGAGCCAGGAGGUCUUCAUGAAAAUUUUUGCUUAUAAAAUCGUAGUUCAGUUCUUCACAAUAAAAAUAUAGAUAGUUUUAACUCAAUGUGCUGAUAAUCUGUCUGUGUUCAGUUGCUCAGUGCAGAUAAAGGCUUAUCUAAGCACCAGCAUUUUAAGCUGUAAAGUUGUUUAGUUGUACCAGUACUGCAGGAGGUGUGGAAAUACAAUCCCAACGGAAAAAGAUUGGCACUAGUGACUGGUUGCCGGAGCAGCGAGAUUGCGAGACACGCGGAGCUGUUUUUCCCGAGCACGGCGAUAUCGAGAGUGCCAAGCACAUUCCAUUUUCCAAAGCAGGGGUGGCCGGUAGAAAGCACUCCAACAAACAGGUUUUUCGGGGCAACUGCGAUAAAGAUAUACGGUUGCUCGCAACUCCAGCGAAAAAAGAAGAAAAAAAAGAUCAUGUGCGUAGACACAUCUGCUGAGAAGCAAUGAACAAGCGUUUCAUUUAAGAUAUGGGCUUUUGGAUGGGCCAACAGCAAGAUGGUCUUCUUUCCGCUGGUCCGCCGGCCACCCCUGCUUUGGAAAAUAGAAAGUGCUUGGCAGUCUCGCUAUCGCCGCGUGUCGUGCGAUUUUACGGCUCCGGCCACCGGUCACUUGUGCUUAUCUUUGAGACUGUACAUUGCUGUGUAACUGCCGUAAAAUAACAAACUGAUUAAAAGGCCAGAUGCCCCUUAUACCAGGGUUUAGAACUGUGUCGGUGAAUUGCCCUGACUGUUCACUCUUGCUGAUAUUGCACCAUUUUGUGGUGUAACUUUGCCCCAUAAUGUUCAUCAUUGAUGUGGCUGUUUGCCUUCUCAUUGACAUGUAUUGAGUGUUUUCCCAUUGGAAAGUAUGGAAUGGACAAGUACAACUUGUGACGACGAUUGGAUAAAAAAUUGUCCUUCAGAAGGUUUAAUCUAGCACUCUUCAGUCAUAACUGGCCCUUGUGCGACUAAGCACCAUUAAUCAUCAGAGGGUGUAAUCAUGACACCCUGAAAGGUGUAAAUGUUGUACCUAAAAGGGUGCAUGGCUGUCACUAGAGGGUUUUAUGGUGUUGUACACCCAAAGUUGCGGAGUUCAAACAGCUGGGUGUACACAAGGGUGUUAAAAAUAUGUACAAAAGGGGGCUGACAGAGCACGGGGCCUUAAAUUUGCAAAAUCACUUGGGUGUGCUGUUUAGAGAACCCCUCUUGAGGAAUGGAAAUUUCUCCACAGAGUGUGUGAUCAUGUUCACAACACGAGAUUCUAAUGCUGCGACUUAAGGGUGCAAAGAUUUUACAGAUGUUUGUGAGCCUUUCAGAAAUUGCAUCCUGGCAUAUACUGACCAUGGCCUAGGUGGCUUUUUUCGUGUUCCUGUGCACUGAGAUUUAACAGUGCCUCUCUCGUAUUGUUGGGAGACACUGCACUGAGAUUCCCAUGACAACCUUUGUGAUAAACAGGGUUCUUGCCAAGAAAAUUCCUGGAAACCCUACCGUCGUGCAUUCAGAGCAUUUUUGAGGUGCCACAAUGUCCAAGUGUUCGCUCUGCAUCACAGGUUAUGGGAUGAAUGCACGCAGUAGUGCUUGGUGGUACAGCUUCUGCGGGAUGGUUUUUCUUGGUUGAGACUUUCCGGUGAAGGUAAUUGCCAUCUGAAAUUGCUUAUUUAAGCUAAUUAUUCUUUCAUUCAUGCAAGAUAUUCUUAUAAUUGUUUCAUAUAGACAGUUUUAGUUGGAAUUCCAUGUUUUGUGAAAGACUUUUAGUGCAAGUCGUGAAGCCUGCCAGUUUCACACCGUAAUGUUAUGUUCCAAGUCCCACAUUCCCAAAUGCAUAAGCUUGCUUUGGAAGUGGGCACUUGAGCUUACACUUUUUUUAAGGGCUGUUGUUCUAGUGGACUGCUGCAUUGUAUCUAUAUUUAAAGCUGCCCAUGCAAUUGCCACCCAAUCAGCCUGUGAGUUGUGAUAUCUUUUACCUGUGCUUGUUAAUAUAUGCAGUGUUCACCUAUUUUGCUGCUAAAAGAAAAUUAUAUAGCAUUGUCCCAAUGCUUUGCUGACGUGUGUUUGAAAGCAAUAUACCAUGACCAAACAUGCAUCAGGACUCUGGUGCCUAUAUUCUUGUUGACACUGUGUACUUAUUCGUAUUGUUGCUGUUAUAAUGUACUUGCCUCCUUCACACUUGUUGUCCUCUUGUGACUCCAUUCUUUGAUAAGUAAUUUUUUUUAUUUAUUCUAUAACGUGUGUUUGGAAAAAAGAAAGCUGAAAUGAAGAUACUGUGCAGCUUUGUUUGAUUAUACGGCAAUUAUUUAUAAGGUUACGCCCUCACAUUGUGUUAUUGAUGCUUAAUGCACUGAUAACAUGAUGUAUUGAUGUGAUGGUGAUAAUUUUUCAUGGGCAGAUUAUUUCUUUGAGGUAUUUGCGUAUUAUUGGUGAAAAAUCCUACAUGCGGUUCAAAAAGCAAUCUUUUGGUGGUUGAAAAAUGGCGUUUUCAUUUGCAAGAAACACCCAGCCUCCGAGGCAAGGCGGAUACUUUUUUUGCUUCUGUAAACCGCAAUAAAGACGUAUCAGCA